GCUUAAGAAGGCGGUUGGGGAAAAUAAAAAACAUUAAUAAGACACUUUCACGAAAAGGAAAGCAUUUGGAACACUGCUCCCAGACGAAGAGAAUCGCACCGCACGCCAAAUUGGAUCGCCAUUCUCUCUUCGCCGACUCCAAUUCAAUCUCCCUCACAAUCCGCUAUUUGCUUUCUUACUAUAAUCCAUCCAUAUCCAGUUCAAGUUCUCCGAUUAAAGUCUGUCUCGAAGACGUGCUCACUUACCGGAUUGAUCGCCCGAAGUGGAUUCCUAGAAUUUGUCGGUCGGGGCUCGAAUUCGAAUUUAGGGUUUAAUUUCGAGCGGAGCUAUGUUCUUCAGCGGCGACUCGUCGGCUCGGAAGCGGGUCGAUUUGGGAGGGCGUAGUUCCAAGGAACGAGACCGCCAGAAGCUCUUGGAGCAGACCCGACUAGAGCGCAACCGCCGCCUGUGGCUGCGACAGCAAAACUCCGCCGCUAUCAAAAUUCAGAAAUGCUUCAGAGGACGAAAGGUGGUAGAAGCUGAACAUUCGAGGGUACGAGAGCAGUUUUUUAAGACUUAUGGAAAUCUAUGCCAAAAUGUGGACAGGCAAUGUUUCGGGCCAGAUUCUGUUUUUCUCCGUCAGCUACUUUUCUUCUUUAAUCCACAACAUCUUGCUGAUUUCUCUGCUCUUACGGAGACAUGCCGAUUAAUUCAACAGUUCUCUGGGGAAAAUGCAGGGACUCUUCUGAGCCUCUUUGCAGGUGUUGACUAUUCCUCUAUGCAAGCUGUGGUUGACUUCAGGGUGAAGAAGCUAACUUAUGCUUGUAUGCAGGCUGUUUAUCAAAAUAGAAAUCAAUUGAAGGAUCAACUCUUUAUGACCUCUGACAACUUCAGUACAUCAAUAAUCCUCUUAUUGGAGACAGUAGCUAUGUUGAUUGAUAGCAGACUGCCCUGGUCUUGUAAGACAGUUGGUUAUCUCUUGCAGAGAAAUACAUACACCCUGUUCAGAGAGAUUGUCCUCAUGGGGAAGCUGCCCCUUGGUUGGCUAUUCUCGACGAUGGACAAGGAAGUCCUUGCUCAGGUGAUACACUGUGAGACUUCGAAGGAGGAGAGUGUGAAGACAUCUUCUCUGACAACAUCUUCUUUGGAAAGUGCUCUUGCUCUUAUGAUAUCUCAUGUUGGUCAAGGACCAUGUGAUUGUCCUAAUAUUGACCCACGAUGGAGUUUCUCAUCACAAAUUCUUACAAUCCCUUUCUUGUGGAAGCUUUUCCCAUACCUAAAAGAGGUAUUUGCAACGCCGUGGCUGAGUGAGCAUUACAUUCAUCAAAUGGCACUUUGUGUACGAAAUCAUGCUAAUGUUCUACCUAAUGAUAUAUCAACCGAGUUUCCUGGAUAUGCAUGCCUUCUUGGUAAUCUACUGGAAACAGCUGGAGUCGCUUUUUCUCAGCCUGACUGCUCAUUUGAUAUGGCUACAGACUUUGCAGCUGUUGUGACAUUUUUGUUGGAGGCAGUUCCUCCUAUGCAGUCUUCAAAUAAUGAAAAUAAAGAAGAUCCCAUAUUGUUUGAUGAUGAAAUGAGUAUUGAUGAUGAAGCAACAGAAAGAGGUCUGCAUCGGGAUUUGCAACAACAGAUUUCCAAUGCUGUAGAUCCACGAUUUGUUCUACAACUUACAAAUAUUUUGUGCAGAGAGAUUUCACUUGUCAAUGGUCCAUAUAAAGAAGGAUCUCAUGGCAAAGAGGUGACAGCUGUUGGUGCUGCCUGUGCUUUCUUGCAUGUGACUUUCAACAUUUUACCCCUUGAGCGGGUCAUGACUGUACUGGCUUAUAGAACAGAGCUCGUUCCUGUACUAUGGAACUUCAUGAAGGGAUGUCAUGAGAAUCAGAAAUGGUCAUCAUUGUCUGAGCAAUUGGCAUACCUUCCAGGAGAUGCGCCUGGCUGGCUAUUACCCUUGUCAGUUUUCUGUCCUGUGUAUAAGCAUAUGCUUAUGAUUGUUGAUAAUGAGGAGUUCUAUGAGCAGGAGAAGCCACUGUCAUUAAAAGAUAUAAGAUGCUUGAUUGUUAUCUUAAGACAGGCCUUGUGGCAGCUCCUAUGGGUGAAUCCUGUUGCUCCUCCUACCUUAACUCAGUCUACUACUGAUGUAUUCACUCUUAGGAAGCACCGCCUGGAAAGUAUUCAGCAUAGGGUUAGCCUUGUAGCUUCCGAGCUACUGUCCCAGUUGCAAGAUUGGAACAACAGGCGGCAGUUUACACCCCCUAGUGACUUCCAUGCUGAUGGGGUCAAUGAGCACUUUAUUUCUCAGGCUAUGAUUGAAAAUACCAGAGCAUAUGAAAUACUGAAACAUGCUCCAUUCCUGGUGCCAUUCACAAGCCGAGUUAAAAUAUUUACUGUGCAGUUGGCAGCUGUAAGGCAAAGACAUGGAUCUCAUGCCAUGUUUGCAAGAAACCGCUUCAGAAUACGGAGAGAUCAUAUUUUGGAAGAUGCUUUUAGUCAGUUAAGUGCAUUAUCUGAAGAGGACCUUCGUGGACCGAUUCGUGUGACCUUUGUGAAUGAACUAGGGGUCGAGGAGGCUGGUAUUGAUGGUGGAGGGAUUUUCAAAGAUUUUAUGGAGAACAUUACUCGGGCGGCCUUUGACGUGCAAUAUGGCUUAUUUAAGGAAACAGCGGACCAUCUACUCUACCCCAAUCCUGGAUCAGGAAUGAUACACGAACAGCAUCUCCAGUUUUUUCAUUUUCUUGGAACUGUGCUUGCAAAGGCAAUGUUUGAAGGGAUUCUUGUUGAUAUACCAUUCACAACAUUCUUAUUGAGCAAAUUAAAGCAAAAGUACAACUAUUUAAAUGACCUACCUUCCUUGGAUCCUGAGUUGUAUCGCCACCUUAUUUUCUUAAAGCACUAUGAAGGUGACAUUUCUGAGUUGGAAUUGUACUUUGUUAUUGUAAACAAUGAAUAUGGGGAGCAAACAGAGGAAGAACUGCUUCCAGGAGGGAAAAACACACGGGUCACAAAUGAAAAUGUCAUUACAUUUAUUCAUCUUAUAGCGAACCAUCGUUUGAAUUUUCAGAUACGCCAACAAAGUUCUCACUUCUUGAGGGGAUUUCAGCAGCUUAUCCAGAAAGAUUGGAUUGACAUGUUUAAUGAACAUGAGCUUCAGCUUCUGAUAUCUGGAUCAGUUGAUGGCUUUGAUGUUGAGGAUCUCCGAGCACAUACUAAUUAUGGAGGUGGCUAUCAUAGUGAACACUAUGUAAUUGAUAUGUUCUGGGGAGUUCUCAAGAACUUUUCCAGGGAAAACCAGAUGAAAUUUUUGAAGUUUUCUACUGGGUGCUCUCGAGGACCUUUGCUUGGAUUUAAAUAUCUAGAGCCUUUAUUCUGCAUACAGAGGGCCGCCGGCGAUGCUUCUGAUGAAGCUCUUGACCGGUUACCAACAUCAGCUACUUGUAUGAAUCUUCUAAAGCUUCCCCCAUAUAGAAGCAAACAGCAACUGGAGCAGAAAUUGUUGUAUGCUAUAAAUGCGGAUGCUGGUUUUGACUUGAGUUGAAGGAUCUUACUCUUUCCAAGCCUAAAUGAUCUGCUCUAGGAGAGAACUGAGGUCUUGACAAAGAAAAUGCGCCAUGUACUGGUCGUCUGUUGUAAUCACUGGCUGUGUUCGGAAUUUUCAAUGACUACAGGAGAUGAAGACAACUGCAGAAGAUUAUCAAGACAUCAAAAUGAACACGAAAAUCAUGUAGAUAUAAUGCACAACCAGCCAAGUCCCUGAUGUACAUGUACAUAGGUGGGUCACCUGUUGUGAGGCUGGACUUGUAUCAUCUUUUGGAAGUUUUUUACAUACAGGUGGUGCCUCCCGAAAGCACUGCAUCCUGUGGUGUCUGUGAAUGUCUUCACGUCUGCAUUUAUUAUGAAUUAACGCAUUUUGAGAAAGGGCGGGCCAAUUAUAAUGGACUCGAUCCUAGAUGACCAAUGUGGUUCUGUUACUGUGUACGGACUGGUGGUAAUCGCUUACUCUUUUAGAUGAAUAAAAAGGGUUUACAGUGGCGGCUUUA